GCCAUUAUACUAACUUCAUUAUUUUAUAUUUUGAUUAAUUUAUUCUUAAGAUAAAAAUUUUAUGAUAAAUAUGUUUUUUGUUUUUAGAAUUUAGCCAUGGGUACUGAUCCUGAAGGUGAACGUAUAAAAGAUCAUAUGCGUAAUAUAGUUCCAUUAUUACUUGAUACUGUUAUUGAUAUCAACGAUAAAUUACGUAUUAUUAUGUUAUAUAUUCUACAUAAAAAUGGUAUUACGGAAGAAAAUCUUGAUAAAUUAUUAAAUCAAAGUCGAGCUGGUAGACGAAGAAAUAUUCCACAACCAAGAAAAGAACGUACUGAAACAACAUAUACUAAUUCAAGAUGGACACCAUAUGUUAAAGAUAUAAUGGAGGAUAUUAUUGAUGAAAGAUUGGAUCAAAGACAAUUUCCAUCUGUUGGUGGUCAAAGAAGUAUUGUACCUAAUAAUUCUGCAACAAGUUCUCGAGAAUUUGGCAAAUGGAUGUAUCCUGGUAGAGGUGCAGUUCGUUCAGGUCCACGUUUAAUUGUUUUUAUUCUUGGUGGUGUAUGUUAUAGUGAACUUCGUUGUGCUUACGAAGUAACACAAAAUAAUAAUAGAAAAUGGGAAGUAUUUAUUGGUAGUGAUCAUACAAUAACACCAACUCAAUUUCUAUCUGAUCUUACAAUGGGACCUCGACAAGAUGAUGAUCAACAAAAAUAUUCAAAUCAUUAG